UGGGAUCAUCCUGUGGUUACCGGAUGAUGGGAAUAACUAAGCAGAAAUUAGGAAAUGAGCACGAAAUGUCUAUAAAUGAAUUUUCUCAUUAUUUGUUAUUUCCGGGUCUUUUCGUUGCAUUCACUUACAACAAGAAACAACCACCAGCGUUUGGUGCAGCACCUGCAUUUUGGUGCAUUCUUCUUUCUUUCCUUGGUCUUUCGUUCCGUCAUAUUCCAAAUAACUUAUCUAAUUACAACGUAUUAACCGCUAAUGCACCUUUUUUUUAUCAAAUCUCAGGGACAUGGUCUAAUCAUGAGGGUAGUAUUUUCUCAUGGUGUUGGAUCCCAAGUUUUUAUGGAUUCCUUUUUUGUUACCGGUACCGGGGUCGACCCCAAAGCCAUAAUGUCUCAAAACGCAGAGGCUAUAGAGAAACUUUUAUUUUUUCCUUUGUCUCGAACUUCGUGAAGAACUCCAUUCUAUCUCUCCAACAAAAAAGUGGAGCUGCGCCCCAGUUGUACACUCCCUUCGUUCGGAGAACCCUUGUUGAUUCUGAACUUCGUUCGCAAAGUAAGCGUCCUUUUAACGGGCCAGCCCUUUUUAAUGCGCCGCUUGACCCAGUUUUGAAAAUGAGCUUUGCUCUUCUGGGCGCUGGGCGCUCCCGUGGUUCGCGAGAAGGAAAAAGGACUAAUCUUUUGUUACAUCUGGCACGAGAUGAAAAAGAGAGAGCUUCGUCUAUCGAUGAACAGCAGAUUGACGGAGCUCUUGGCAUUGCUUUGUUUUUCUCUCCUUUCCUAUCAGCGAGUUCCGAUCCUUUUGUUCGAAAUUUCUUCGUUCGUACCGAACCGCUUGCAGAAUCAAAUCCUGUUCCACAAGAUCCUAUAUCAGCUAUACAUCCUCCUUGCAUUUAUGCCGGAGACGUCGCCAGUGCUAUGGGCUUUGGGUUAUGUAGAUCAAAAAUGAUGAAUGGGAUUGUGGCACUCCACUCGCCGCCAAUGCGGAAGGAUGCCGCCGAAAAGAAUGGAACGCUGCUUCGCUCUGCUGGAUGCGUCGGAUCCCAUAUAAGAAGCUCGCUCUUUACCCGAUCAUUCAAACAUUUUGUGGGCGGCGCGCCUGCUCUAUUGUUGCGUAGCAAUAGAAGCCUGCUUCGGCGGCGCUUUUUCGCCUUCUCUUCGCUCUGGACAGGAGCGCUAAUGGACACGGGGAGGGAGCAGGCGAAGCGUGUUGUCGUUCGUAAUGGAAAGAAAGACACCACUACUUCGCCUCUUUGUUGGACCGCCGGCGCGAACACAGUGGUCUCUGACCAGGACCAGGAACCAAUUCGAAUUUGGAUCUUGACAUGUUGGUUGUUUUUAACCGUAGGCAUCUCGCCAGGAAGUUGGUGGGCUCAUCAUGAAUUAGGUCGGGGUGGCUGGUGGUUUCGGGAUCCCGUAGAAAAUGCGUCUUUUAUGCCUCGGGUAUUAGCCACAGCUCUUAUUCAUUCAGUAAUUCUACCCCUUCUUCAUUAUUGGACCUCGCUUCUGAAUAUUUUGACUCUUCCAUGCUGUGUCUCAGGAACCUUUUCAAUACGGUCCGGAUUGCUAGCUCCCGUUCAUAGUUCUGCUACAGACGAUACACGAGGAAGAUUUUUAUGGCGGUUCUUCCUUCUAAUUACAGGCAUAUCUAUGACUCUUUUUUACCAGAUGAAGCAGGUCCGUAGAACCUAUAAAAAAGAGAUGGUUGUGGCGCGAAGUACUCUUGUGCACCUACGUCACCCGGCUCGCGCGCAACCCCGCCCCGUUAUGUUAUGGAAGAAUUUAGCUUCUUGCUGGGCUGGUUAUUCCGAGCCAGCAACUGGCUGGCUGCCGGAUUUCGUCCCGUCCGUAGCGCUUCGGAAGUCACUCUGGCGUGGCGCUGCUGGAUACUUCUGAUCAAUAGGAAUAGGAGGAAAAAAAAGCUUAUGAUGAGCAUCUAUUGGAGUCGAUCAUUUCCAAGAUCUAAUUCGAGUUUCUUAUUAUGUAGUGGAAACGCCUUACAAUCUUCAGUUUUACGCUUACGCUUAAGGGAAGAAAUGUUCUUGGUGGAUGCAGGCCUUGGUACCCCAAAAAUUUGUAUGCAAGAUGAGCUUACAGGACUGCCAAUCAAGCGAGCCACCAGGUUUGAGAAUAAGGUGGGAUCCAAGAAUGUAGUGGCUGGUGAAUCACUGAUCAAAAAGCGGAUUUUUGAGAGAUUCUUCAUCGAUCUAGUGGCCGGUGAAUCACUGAUCAAAGAGCGAGCAGCCGCCGGGUUUAAUGAUUUUGUGGGAUCCCUGGAUGUAGCGGCUGGCGAACCGCUUCUUCUUCCACAAAGAUUCAGACAAAACCGAGCUUGGAUAGAACUGAAGAAGAUUUGGCGAACGAAGAAAAAGGUAAAAGGGUUUCAAAUUAAUAAAAUAGAAGGAGGUUAUUCAGUAGCCAUCGCAGGUUUCAUUACUUUUCUUCCAUUCAAAGCUAAAAAAAUAAAAAGGAUAGCGAAUGCUCGAUUCGCCAUUGAUAGCUUUAUCCCUAAAAGGAGGGAUAUUGUGAUAAGGCAGAUUCAAACAAGAACUUAAUGACAAGAUAGAAAAAAUUAUUAAUAAUCCGAAGCCCACCUUAAUCCAUUUUGUUGAGGAUCUUGCACUUAUUCCGGCCCUAUAUUUACAUAGCCAAGAAAGGCUCUGGUGAUCAUGCGUGACUGCGGAGCGCCUAUCGCCCUGGCACGGCACUCAAAAAUGCUGGGUUGGGCCAGCAAGAAGACUUCGACUAGGGAGACGAAGAAUGGAAUUGAAGAAGGCAGCAUAGUCUAAGAUAACAGAAUGGAACACCAACCAACGAGUAAGUGGUGGAUUUGGAUGGAGUCUCGCAGAAGAAGAGUACGCGCGCUAGCGCGCCCCAAGACGUCAGUCCUUUUUCUGCUUGCUGGCCAAGGUCAGUUUACUGAAUCCCUUCCAAACACCAACCCAAUCUCCAUUCCUUGAUGGGAAAUGAGCAAGACCAUAUGUUUCUAAAAAAUAUAGCCCCUAUAUAAACCUAGCCCUUACUACCCGAACUUCUGACCUUCAAAUAGGACUAACUGCCCGAACCCGCUUGCUUAUCUUCUACGAUCUAAUUAAGUUAAGCAGUGGUUAUUUUUUUUUUAAGUGACUAGAACUUCUAUUAACUACUAUUCUAGCACCCAGCUGUGCCAUGUGUUUAUUCUAUUUUGCAGGUAUUCCUUUGAAUAACUCAUCUUUUCAGGUAAGAAAAUUGGAAGAUCUUCUUAGUCAUAGUCAGCCUAUCUGUAUUCUUAUCCUAUAGUGCGGAUCCAAUCAGAUUUUAUGAAGCCAAGGCCUGACAUCCAUUGUGGGGAUUUUUAUCGGGAGACAUGGCCUGGUGGUUUCUGAUCGAGAUUCCUAAUCAAUAGGGCGAAGAGCUCUUCGCAUGAUCUGGUCCUACCUUUUUUUUUCUACGCUAUUUUUUUUCCCCUUCUCGGCUGCUGUCCUUACUCCGGAUAAAUUGGAACACAUUGAUUCCGUUCGUUCCUGCCCUUCGCUUCAGGCCAUAGUGCUUCUGAAUUAUUUCUAUACCCCUUUGAUGAUGCAGCCUCUGACUCUCGUGGGUAAACUCCUACUUGAUUAGUCAGAACUUCUCUGUCUCAACUCGUGGACCUAUCUAUCUUCUUCUUUAUAAGAGAUAGGGGUUUGCUAUUCUCACGGAUUGCUCAUAUUUAUUUACCCUACCCCAUUUCAAAGUUUGUGCCUUGUUUCAGCCCGCCCUUCCUUCAUCUGAACCUUCCAGUACUAAUCUAUCUUUAUGGGGAAGACCCCUCAUCUGACCUCCGAGCUACCCUGUCAAUUGUAAAAAGUAGUUGAGUCGUGUCUCGCAGGAGCAAAAAGAGUGAAAUGAGGACGUAAGCCCCCCACCCCAGGUCUUCCUCUUCCUUCUAAACUAAUUGCUUUCGCUUGACUCUUCCAGUAAAAAAGUAUACUGAGUGGUUGAAGGAAAGCGAAAAGGAAUGGCUUUUUCAUGUACCAGAUCCGGUGAGCCAGACAUCAAGCAAAAAUGGACAUACAAUCAAAGAGUAAGGAGCAGUUAUUUGCCGGGUGGAUUGAUCAGAGCUGCAAGGGGAGACUCGGUUAUGGUGCGAUAAAGAGCUUGCUUCAAUGCUCGGAUUCAGGUAGAAAGUAAGAGCAGUAGCAUAUUCAUAGGAGAGCUUUGUACUUUAAAUUAGUAGUCCCGGUAGUUGGAAAAAAGCUCUGAAUACAGAUUCAAAACAUCAAGAUAGGUAGUCCGAUCAUUAGUUGGCCAGUCAUAGCAAUUUAAGUAGAAAGCUAGCUUCGGGAUCAGAUCAUUCAACUAAAGCUGUCAGGCCGGGUAGGCUUUGAGGAACAUUGGGGGUUCCUUAUGUUGUGACUGAGCAGAUAUGUCUAUUGUGCCCGGCAAAAACGGAUUUGCAAGGAGUUUGCCAAAGGCUUUCUCAUUCGGAAAAACAAUUCAAAGUAUAUUUCCCUUCUCCAUUCUCUGCUCGGAUGAUUGCCGCUUGUGUGAAUUUCAUUGCUGCGGGUCCCGCGUGUGCUCGAAUAAGAUUGUUUUAGGAUUCUAUUUAGUUGAAUUUAUUGACUCCGCGGUGCUGGUUAUCGAGUUUAUGGCGCCGCCGACCAUCCAAUCCAAUCCAAAAAGUAAAAGAUGGCGUCGGCAUUUACUUAUUAUGCUCUCUUCUAAUAUAAUAGUGGUCCCCCAGGUUGGUAUUCAGGUUGUAAAAUCCUGAUAGGAAAGAGUCGACUGUUAGACCUUGUUUUUGUAAUGGCCUAUCUUCUUUAAAAAGCCGAAAGAUAAGGAUUUCUAAAAACUUUUGCGUUCCGGAUGCUGGUCUCAUGUUUGAUCUGGUAGCGAUUAAAGAAUGAAUCUUGCUCUGGCGAUCAUGGUGGGAUUGGUACACCUCUAUACGCUGUAAAAUGAAGGUACUCUUUAGUUCAUGCUACGACCGCCGAUUGUUCCUGUGACCACACGCCGUACCAACAGAAAACUAUCAACCUAUCGGUAUGGUUUGUUGUUCACGUGUUAUGAUCUCGCUCAUCAGAUUGUUCCCCCCUCCCCUGGUCAAUGGCGGUGAGUUGAUUGACCAAGGCCUUCCCUUACGACGAUGGAAUUUCUUCCAUCGGCAAGACUUUGUUUGUCUCCUUCAACUUUAAUGAAAAGCCUAGUCUCUCGAUACUAACUAAUUAGUUAGGAGAGGUGCUUACUUUUCUUUUGUAGUUAAGGAUUCAUACCCCAUCCCAUUCCUUUUUCUUUUCAAAGAAAACCUUACCAUUUGAGUUUUGGGCCGCUGUUACCAUUUCCAUUUCCGGAACCUAACUAAUACUUAGUUGUUUCCAUUUCCUCAUCUGGUGAUAGAUCCUCAUCUUCUUCUGGCUCAAAUCCCUUUUUCAUAUCCAGGGCAGGCUUUAGGUACGCUUUAGUUUUAAAUCAUUAAAGAUAUGCUCGACCUCGUUUAUGUCCAUGGUACCAUCGUACGUACCUUCUACUAUCAACCAGAUGAGAUAGGGCUUUGAAAGGUCAGAGUCAGUCUCCUCUUUCUUUUAGGUCGUUUAGCAGUUCCCCAACCAGCUUUCUCCCCGAGAAAGCCUUCCUGAGAUUAAAAGAAAAAGGUUUGAAGGUGGGAUCAGUGAUAGUUCGGAACCAGCAAAGGGAGGCUGAAAAGCCGUAGUGCUAACGCACGCCCUGUAGUUUUGAAGCAGGCUUCGACAGCUGCGAGCUCCGCGUCGAAAAGCGAAGCGAGCCGCGCUAGCGCGCUACUCUUCCUUUAUGAGAUGAGCGAGACUCUAUCCAAAUCUACUGAUCUAAGAACUCCGCGAGCGAACUGAGCGAGCCAUGAGGCGCCUAUCGGCAAGGCUUGGAAAAGCCUUAAGUUUAGGCUUAGGCUCCCUUCCUUCACUGAACUGAUUCACCCGGGUCCAAACCUGCUGAGCUAGCUAAUUUUUCCUUUACGAGAUCUCGGCUCUUCGGAAUGAUUGGAGAGAGCCCCGCCUCCUCUUGGUUGGUGCCGGGCCCGGGACUACUUCCUGAAAGAGCCUUUCGUUCGGGCCGGCAGGAGGGGCCCUGAUCUAUCAAUUGAGGGAGCAAAAAACAGGCUUUGCUCCCCUUUUUUUAAAUGAAGAAAGAAAGAAGGGUCGAAGUUUAGACCGCUCACAGUAGUUCUACCCAUAGAAAAGAUCAUGAAAGAGGCGAUCAGAAUGGUACCCGAAUCCAUUUACGAUCCCGAGUUUCCAGACACAUCGCACUUCCGCUCGGGUCGAGGCUGCCACUCGGCCCUCAGACGGAUCAAAGAAGAGUGGGGAACCUCUCGCUGGUUUUUGGAAUUCGACAUCAGGAAGUGUUUUCACACCAUCGACCGACAUCGAUUCAUCUCAAUCUUGAAGGAAGAGAUCGACGAUUCCAAGUUCUUUUACCCCACUCAGAAACAGUUUUCCGCCGGACGACUCGUAGGAGGUGAGAAGGGCCCUGACUCCGUCCCAAACAGUGUACUACUAUCGGCCCUAUUAGGCAAUAUCUACCUACACAAGCUCGAUCAGGAGAUAGGGAGGAUCCGGCAGAAGCACGAAAUUCCUCUUGUAGUGAAAAUAAGAUCGGUUCUAUUAAGAAUAGGUCGUCGUAUUGAUGACCAAGAAAAGUAUGGAAAAGAAGCAAGCUUCAACGCUCCCCAAGACAACAGAGCCCUCAUAGUGGGGAGGGUAAAGAGCAUCCAACGCAAAGCGACCUUUCAUUCCCUUGUUUCGUCGUGGCACACCCCCCCCACAAGCACCCCCAGGCGAAGGGGAGACCAGAAAACGCCUUUCGUUUUCCCUCCUUCCCUAGCCGCCUUCCUUAACAAGCCCUCGAGCCUCCUUUGCGCCGCCUUCCUCAUAGAAGCCGCUGGGUUGACCCCGAAGGCCGAAUUCAAUGGUAGAGAAGGCUUUAAUAAGAAUUUGGCCAUGAGAGACCUUCUUAAGUAUUGCAAAAGAAGGGGCCCGCUGAUAGAGCUGGGCGGGGAGGCGAUACUAGUUACCAGGUCAGAGAGAGGCCUGGCCCGUAAGCUGGCCCCCUUUAAAAGCCAUUCCUUAUUAAUAAGGAUUUGUUACGCGCGAUAUGCCGACGACUUACUACUGGGAAUCGUGGGUGCCGUAUUUCUUCUCAUAGAAAUACAAAAACGUAUCACCCACUUCCUACAAUCCGGCCUGAACCUUUGGGUAGGCUCCGCAGGAUCAACAACCAUAGCUGCACGGAGUACGGUAGAAUUCCCCGGUACGGUCAUUCGGGAAGUCCCCCCGAGGACGACUCCCAUACAAUUCUUGCGAGAGCUGGAGAAGCGUCUACGGGUAAAGCACCGUAUCCAUAUAACUGCCUGCCACCUACGCUCCGCCAUCCAUUCCAAGUUAAGGGACCUAGGUUAUAGUAUCCCUAUCAAAGAGCUGACGAAGGGGAUGAGCGGAAGAGGUCGUCUACUGGACGCGGUUCAACUAGCGGAGACUCUUGGAAAAGAAAGUCCCCAAGUUAGCGUAUUAUGGGGGACCGUCAAGCACAUCCGGCAAAGAUCAAGGGGGAUCUCGUUGUUGCAUAGCUCAGGUCAGAGCAAGGUGCCAUCAGGCGUUCAACAGGCAGUCUCACGAUCGGGCAUGAGUGUCCUGAAGAAUAAAUUGUAUACUCCCUUUGGUCGGAAGGCGGCGGGGGAAGGAAGGGGACACUGGGCGGGAUCUUUCAGCAGCGAAUUCCCCAUACAGAUAGAGGCGCCUAUCAAAAAGAUACUCCGAAGGCUUCGGGAUCGAGGUCUCAUUAGCCGAAGAAGACCCAGGCCAAUCCACGCGGCCUCUUUGACCAACGUCAGCGACAGAGACAUAGUAAAUUGGUCCGCGGGCAUCGCGAUAAGUCCUCUGUCCUACUACAGGUGCUGCGACAACCUUUACCAAGUCCGAACGAUUGUCAACUACCAGAUCCGCUGGUCCGCUAUAUUCACCCUAGCCCACAAGCACAAAUCUUCGGCGCGGAAUAUAAUCCCAAAGCACCCCAAAGACUCAAAUAUAGUCAAUCAAGAAGGUGGUAAGACCCUUGCAGAGUUCCCAAACAGCAUAGAGCUUGGGAAGCUCGGACUCGGUCAAGAUCCGAACAACGGCGGAGCACUCAACUACAUGUUUAAUAAGUAGUUGUCUUUUUCUAUUUUGAUUUUAGCGAACAGGCGUUUACAUGAGAUUAGUUGAGUAGGCUUGCCUUAGUUGUCUGCUAUAAGAUAAGAUAGCUAGUUGUGGUCGAAAAAAAAGGCUGAAGGCUUCGCUAUCGCUCAUGGCUUGUAUUGUAGUCGUAGUCUUGUAGUCGGCCCUCCAUGCCUCUUUAGUCUUUCUAAUCCUGAGGCCUUUUUCCUUCAUUCAUUUUGCGGUAGCUUACGCGUCAGAAAAAGGCCUCCUUUCCGGCCCGGAAGAUCGCUUCGCUUCUGGCGACUAGCUUCUACCCACAAUGGCUGAAGCUACCUUGAAUCAAUCAAUGAAUGAUUCGUAACCCCGGGUUCGAGGACCCGUUGGUCAAAGGAAAGGGGGGGGCCCUGAUUCCAGGACGGAGCCGUAUGAGGCGAGAGUCUCACGUACGGUUCCUUUGAGAAGGGUGUGAUACCACCACCUAUCAGGCCCGACGAGCGGUCCACGGAGCUGCAUCCCUACUCACCCGGUCUAUGCACAUCGCUCUUUCCAGGAGGUUGGCCGCCUAUCCUAGAUCUUCCCAUUUCCAAGAAGAUCCCUUGUUCGAUCUGGUUUAGUAUCAAGGUUCUUCUUUUUCUGUUUCUAUAUAUAUGGGUCCGUGCUGCAUUUCCACGAUAUCGUUAUGAUCAAUUAAUGGGACUUGGCCGGAAAGUGUUCUUGCCUCUAUCAUUAGCUCGGGUAGUCCCCGUUUCAGGUGUUUCAGUCACCUUUCGAUGGCUCCCUUAAUGUAUGUGCCAGGAAGUUUCUUCUGAAGGGGGCUACUCCCCGAAAAUGCCCCGCCCCUUGUUCGUUUGUCGUUGGGGAUUCA